GGAAAGAGAGGCCCAGGGACGCACAGGACGAGGAGCGUGCCAGCACAGGCCAGAGCCAGAGAAGAGCUUGCAGGUGAGGACAUGGCCGCAACGGCGUACUCCGCGGCGCUUCUGGGCGGAGCAGGAGCACGCCUCCCCGUCGUCUUCGCCGCCGCCGCGUCGCCAUCCGCUGUCCUCCCACGGCGUAACUUCUCCCCUUUUCGCCUCCAAGAUGCACCGCGGCUCUCUCUGCUCCCGGCGAAGGCCUCCUCCGAUGACACCUCGACUUCAGCCGCGAGCGGCGACGAGCUCGUCGACGACUUGAAAGCCAAGUGGGACGCCGUCGAGAACAAGUCCACCGUGCUGACGUACGCCGGCGGCGCCAUCGUCGCCGUAUGGUUCUCCUCCGUCAUCGUCGGCGCCAUCAACUCCCUGCCUCUGCUUCCCAAGAUCAUGGAGCUUGUUGGGCUCGGCUACACUGGAUGGUUCGUGUACCGCUACCUCCUCUUCAAGGAAAGCAGGAAAGAACUGGCCGACGACGUGGAGUCCUUGAAGAAGAGCAUUGCUGGCACAGAGGCAGAGUAAACGAAAAUAAUAUUGUAUUGAUUAUUUUUUAUUGGACAAUUAUUCUGAAAACGCUUAUCAGAGGGUUUCCUUUUCCUUUUUAACAAUAUUUGUCAUUUUCAUUGAUUAAGGAAGAAGGUUUAGACAAAA